AUGUCGACAGUCUCUUCAAUUCAUAUCCACACACCCACAUCCACACCCUCAUGUCCAAGUAAAUCAGGACUUUGCUCAACACAUUUUCGAACUGGUGGAGCACGAGGUACAAAUCAAACACCAUUAAAUUGUUUAAAAAUAACAGGUGCAAGUAAAAGCCCAGAAUGUCAAGAUGCAUUUCUUCAACUUCAUAUUACUUCUCAAACAUCACUUUACAUGGAAAAUAUAUGGCUUUGGAUAGCUGAUCAUAAUUUAGAUUAUCCCGAUCAUUCACAAAUUGAUAUAUUUAAUGCUCGAACUAUUUUAGUUGAAAGUCAAGCUCAAACCGAAUCAGCUUAUUAUCAAAGUGAACCACCAGCUCCUGAACCAUUUACUUCUUUAGCUUCUUGGACUGAUCCAGUUUUUGAUUCAUGUUCAAUAAAUGAUAAUACUUGCGCUAAAGGUUAUGGUAUUGAUAUAAUUAAUGGAAAAAAUAUUUAUAUUUAUAAUGCUGGUCUCUAUAGUUUUUUUCGAAAUUGGAAUACAAAUUGUAUUGGAACACUUAGUGAUAGUUAUUGUCAGAAAGCAAUGUUUCGAAUUCAAGGAAAUACUCCAAAUGUUUAUAUUUAG